UAUUUAUUAUAAGCAUCUUCAUUAUCAUUAUUAUUAUCAUCAUCAUCAUCAACAACAAACAACAAACAACAAAUUCAUCAUGAAGUUCUCUGCUGUCCUCGUCAUCGUUACAUUCUUCUCUGCCGUUGCCUUUGCUGCUCCUCGUCGUUCUUCCCAGGAUGCCAUUGGAAUCGGAAAUGAGGGUCGCGUCAGUGGAUUGGGAAACAACCUCUUCAAGGGUGGAUUCGCCAGUGAUAACUCACAGAAGAACACUGUUAAUCAGAGAAACUAGGUCGCUUUCUUAGUCUCCAGAUAGUCAAGAAGGUUAUGUUAUUCAUAACUUUGUUCACUCGCAAAUGUUAAUUUUUGUUCUAAGCAGUAGCAGUAGCAGCAGCAGUAUCCCCUCCCUUCCCUUCCCCUCUUUCUUUAUCUCCUGUAAGCCCACGUCUUUCUCCCCGCCACCUAUUCAGUGCUUUAAUGUCUUUAUCUUAUUUUCAGACCUUGUUUAAUAAAUUACAUUUGUGUUUGCAAUCAU